CUCUACAAUACUGGUAAGCCGCACCCAACCCCCGACACCCACAACCAACACCUGUACCUUGUCAAAAAAUCGGAAUGACGUCUACCAAGGGCAAGGUUCCGACUGGGUUCGCGGACGAAAUCGUCAUCUCCGAGACAUCCUUCCGAACAGCUCGACAUGCCCUCAUCUCGAAUCAACAGCCAAAUUCAAAGAAGCGGAAACGGGAAGAGAAGGGAGACCUCUCGGUCGUCUCGGGACCGGGCUCAUACAAAGGGCCAUGGGCAAGAUUUGAGGAAGAGCAGCCGGAUUCGUCGUCAGAAGAGGAGGUGGAAGUAGAAUACGAAGAAGACGAGAUCGAGGAACAGCCGGCGAAGCCCUCAAAAGCAGGCACAAGCUACGGCGCAGAGCCAGACAAGGAGACGACCGUCUUCCACGGCGCCGAGCAGUUCGACUACCAGGGCCGCACAUACAUGCACAUCCCGCAAGACCUAGGCAUCGACCUACGCACCGACGACGUCGCAAAGAACUACAUCCCCAAGAAACACAUCCACACCUUCUCCGGCCACUCCAAAGCCAUCACCCAGAUGCGCUUCUUCCCACACUCGGGCCACCUCCUCCUCUCCGCCUCCGCCGACAACACAGUCAAGCUUUUCGACACAUACCACGACCGCGCCCUCCUCCGCUCCUUCAACGGCCACACCAAAUCCGUAAACGACGUCUCCUUCAACAACGACGGCUCCCGCUUCCUCUCCGCCUCCUACGACCGCUACAUGAAGCUCUGGGACACCGAGUACGGGAAAUGCAUCGCCAAAUUCACCACCGGCAAGACCCCGCACGUCGUCCGCUUCAACCCGGCCCCGCACCUCAACCACGAGUUCCUCGCGGGCAUGAGCGACAAGAAGAUCCUGCAGUACGACACCCGCGCGGGCACCCAGGUCCAGGAAUACGACCACCAUCUCGGCCCCGUAAACACAAUCACCUUCUGCGACGAAAACCGCCGCUUCAUCACCACCUCCGACGACAAGUCGCUACGCGCCUGGGAAUACGGCAUCCCCGUGCCCAUCAAAUUCAUUGCGGAGCCGCACAUGUUCGCCAUGACGCGCGGCGACAUGCACCCGAGCCAGAAAUACGUCGCGUAUGCCAACCAGGACAACCAAAUCACCGUCUACUCCGCGCUCGACCGGUUCAAGCAGAACCGGAAAAAGGCGUUUUUGGGCCACAAUCAUGCCGGGUAUGCGAUUGACGUGGCGUUUAGUCCGGACGGGCAGUUUGUCAGUAGUGGCGAUACGGGUGGGUAUGUGUGCUUCUGGGACUGGAAGACGUGUAAGAUGUAUGAGAAGAUCAAGGCGAGUGAGGGUCCGUUGAUUGCGGUGCAGUGGCAUCCGCGCGAGACGAGUAAGGUUGUGACGGGCGAUUUGAAUGGGACCAUCAAGUAUUGGGAUUAGAAUAAAAAAAACAGCCAAGUUAUGUGAAUAGACGACGUUAUGACUUUGACGAUGUCCCAUGGAAAAAUUCGUUAUUCAUCAAACGCUAUUAUGCUC